UAACCAAUGUUUUUUCAUUUAUUUAUUCAUUCAUGUUAUUUCCUCUAGUACAAUUAGGUCUGUUGUGAGAUGGCAUCUGUGAUUCAGCUUUUUACUUUUUGGUGAAAUUGGUGACCUUUUUCCCUCAUUUGAAAGAAACAUGACAGAAGCUGCAGUAUGUAUGGGGGCUGUUCAUGCUGUAAAGGAAGUGUGGGAAACCAGGAUCAAGAAACAAACUGAAGACCUGAAGAGAGAAAAAGAAUUUCAGCAGAAGCUAGUGCGAAUCUGGGAAGAAAGAGUAAGCUUAACCAAGCUGAAGGAAAAAGUCAUCAGGGAAGAUGGAAGAGUCAUUUUAAAGAUAGAAAAAGAAGAAUGGAAGACUCUUCCUUCCUCUCUACUAAAACUGAAUCAUCUGCAGGAAUGGCAGCUUCAUAGAACUGGUUUAGUAAAAAUUCCUGAAUUCAUCGGACGAUUCCAGAACCUCAUUGUAUUGGAUUUAUCCCGAAAUGCAAUUUCAGAGAUCCCUCGAGGAAUUGGACUGCUGACAAGGCUUGAGGAACUGAUUCUCAGUUACAACAAAAUCAAGACUAUUCCCAAAGAGCUGAGUAACUGUGCCAGCUUAGAGAAACUGGAACUUGCUGUCAACAGAGAUAUCUGUGACCUUCCACAGGAGCUUAGCAAUCUGUUGAAGCUUAUUCACCUUGAUCUGAGUAUGAACCAGUUUACAACAAUCCCUUCUGCUGUGCUACAUAUGCCUGCUCUUGAGUGGUUAGACAUGGGAAGCAAUAGACUUAAAACACUUCCUGAAUCUAUUGACAGAAUGGAAAACCUACAUACAUUAUGGCUCCAACGGAAUGAAAUUACAUGUUUGCCAGAAACCAUAAACAACCUGAAAAACUUAGGAACUUUGGUUCUCAGCAAUAAUCAACUACAAGAUAUUCCAGAAUGCAUGGAAAGAAUGGCAAAUCUCAAGUUUGUCAACUUCAGGGAUAACCCAUUAAAACUGGAAGUAACACUUCCUCCCUGCGAAAAUACAGAUGAAGAGGAAGAAAAGGAAUUAUUUGGCAUUCAGUUUAUGCAAGCUUAUAUCCAGGAAUCUCGUAGAAGAGAGGAAAACAAAGAAAAUUGUCCAACUGUUUCGCCAGUCUCUAUAAAUAAUGAUGGAUAAAAAAAAAAAUCAAGAUGACCUAUGGAAGAGG